AUACACCACACAGAGAGGCCAGUGAGGGUGGACAUUGCAGGACCUCCAAGUAAAGUAUCUCAAACUGUAAGUUAUGCCCCACAAACACAGUUACCGGCCCUUGAUCUUGAUCAUACCAUGCGCAUCAAGAGGCGUCUAGAUAUCAAAGCACCAUCACCAGCCUCUAAUUCAUCUUCCAGUAGUGACAGUGAGGAUGAAACAACACACCACAAAACGAAAGAGAGGCCAGGGUUGGAAGGGAGUGCAGGACAUCCGUUUCAAGAAUCCCAAGUAAUAAAUCAGGAUCCAGAAACACAGUGGCCUUCUCUAGAUCUUGGUAAUAUAACUCGCAUCAAAAGGCGUCUAGUUAUCAAAGCACCAUCACCACCUCCUGAUUCAAUAUUAAUUGGUGGCAUGAACCAUAAAGUGGAAGGAAAGACCGACAAAGCUAUCAAAGAGGGCAUGGAAAAUUUAAGAUGCCCCCCAACAACAGUCAAACCAGAUUCAAGAUGGCCUAGACUGGAUCUCAGCAGUGCCCUCUAUGGCAAAAGGCACCUUAAUAUCAAGAUACGUUCACCCCCACCUGAGUCGUCUUCCAGCAGUGAUGAGAGUGAAGAUGGGACAACAAACCUACCUGUAAAAGUUGAGACGAACAGAACUGAUGUGGGGAUUACAAGUUAUCAACCAGGGAGAAAAUUGCUUGACAUGUCAAAGGCAACUGAAAAGGAGUUUAUUAGAUUGCCGAAGACACACAUUUCUCGCAGUCCAAAGACAGACCACAGUAUCACAUUAGAAAAGUAUACAGUUGUUAGAGAAGAAGUCGGAGGGGAAACAAAAAGUGACAUCAGUAAAACACCAGAGAUAACCCCAGAACUUCAGUCACGUUGGGCCACGAUGAAUUUAGGUGUCUCUCGCUUUAGAAAGCGUCUUGAAAUCACAUCGCAUACAAAUAAACCACCACAUCUGCCCUCAUCAACUCCACCUGACUCGCCCUCCUCUUCCAGCAGUGAAAGUGGGACUGGGAGUAAAAGUAGCAGGGUAAGGCGAAAGAGAAGAGGAGUUGGAAUGCAAGAAAUCAUACACACAGAAUCAUCUCAGAGUCUCACCAAUAUCCAACCUAUAUAUAUGGAUAUCAAAGCACCGUUACAAAGGGAAUCAUCCAGCAGCAAUAGUGAGGAUGAGACAAUAGAACACAGUGGUCCUGACCUAAGUCUUGGUGUCCCACGUAUUAAGAGGCGUCUGGAUGUCAAGGCACCAUUACCAGAGCAAAGUGAUUCCCCAUCUUCCUGCAGCGAGAGUGACAUUAAGGUGACAAGAUACACCAAAAACCAAAGCAGACAUGCAUCAAACAUGUCAGGAAUGACAGAUGAUGACUCUCUCAUCACAUAUAAGCGUAUAAUUAUGAAAGCUUCAUCGCCACCAAAUAAUUCUAUCUACCCCAGUGGCGAGGUUCAAACUAUUGACCACACAAAACAAAGACAUAUGGGUGGUGAAAUGCUAACUGUUGAGCGAGAGAGAACGAGAGUUCCCAGUUUGAACUUUGAUAAAGUAGUAAAGAAAAGGAUUGAGCAGCCCAGACACACCAUGGGUGUGGACUUGCCACCCGAGAUAAGGUGGACUGGUGUCGGUCGUCAGUUGUCUGACCUUUCCUUCCCCAGUCCUAGGAGAGAUCUGGACACAGGCUUAUCGUCUCCACAGUAUGCUUCAUCUGCAGAGCCAGAACUUCCCAAACCUGACUCCUCCAGUAUUGAAAGUGAUCACACAAAACAAGACAGAGGAGAAGAUGUGACACUGAUGGAUAAACACUCAUCUUUUAAUUCCAACAGUGUUUCUCUUGCACCCAGCAGAGCUGAGGAAAGGAGGGAAAGAAAAGGCCUCAGUGCCCUAAAAGCCAUGUCAUCGUUGAGAAGCAAGUGGGAACCAUUGGAUGAAAAUGUAGAUAAGGGUUCAUCUUCUGUUUAUGAUUAUUAUGAUCCACAAAGUGUCACAAGUUUUAACUAUCGCAGGUCUGAGGACAUUAAGCCCCUGGCCAAACAGCCACAAACACAGUCCCACCGUUCCUCUACUUCAGUAGAUGAAAGAAGAGUUACAGAGUUGUUGUAUGAUAUUCCCCGCUACAGGAGGCAUGACAUUGGAGGUAUUGAACCACCGCAGCGGGCUCCACCUCCUAUUCCAGCAACACCACCACCACCAUACGAGGCAGUUGGGCUUACAUGGAGGUCUCCACAGAGCAGUAGGACACAAGUGUUGGUAGGCAACAGAUCUUAUCUGCAACAGAGCAGAAACACAGAGGAAUAUGACCCUUCUUCACUUGCACAACAAAACCAGGGAGCUCAUUUUGACUCCUCAAACGUGAACAUUAGUGAGGUUUGAU